UUUUCUCUGUCAAACUGACUUCUCAACCUUUAAUUUAUGUUUCUUCCGUUUCAUGGUGUAAUAGUGAAAUCCAAUUAACAUCUUAAACUCAAUAUCCAGUAGGAAGAUCCCAUCUUGAGAUUCAAAGUGAGAGGGGGUCUGUGGAGUACAUGAUUGAUGCUCAUUGCUUGUUUUAUUGAUUCUAGAGGGAAGAAAUCAGGUUCAUGAUUGAAAGAGAUGGUUCUGCAAAAGGAAUAGUUUUCAGCCAGUUCACUACAUUUUUGGGUCUGAUACACUAUUCUCUUCAGAAGUCGGGCAUCAAUUGUGUUCAAUUAGUUGGAUCCAUGUCUAUUGCUGCAAGAGCUGCAGCAGUUACCAGAUUUACUGAAGAUCCAGAUUGCAGCAUUUUUCUUAUGAGCUUGAAAGCUGGAAGUGUUGCACUCAAUCUUACAGUUGCAUCACAUGUUUUCAUAAUGGAUCCUUGGUGGAAUUCUGCUGUGGAGCGCCAGGCCCAAGAUAGAAUCCAUCGAAUAGGGCAAUAUAAACCUGUUAGGAUUAUGAGAUUUGCGAUUGAGAAUACAAUUGAGGAAAAGAUCUUAAAGUUGCAGGAGAAGAAGGAACUUGUUUUUGAAGGGACGAUUGGUGGCUCUUCAGAGGCCUUUGGGAAACUAACGGAAGAAGACUUGAAAUUCUUGUUUGUGACUUAAAUUGGACUAUGUUCUGUUCUUUGGUUUAGCAAACAAAUUCUCUGGUAUUUUGUUUAGCUUCUAUCACAAAGUAUGUACAUAGACUUAUGAAUUUAGCCAGUAGGAAGCCGUACUGCUUUUGA